AUGAGUGAGAGAAACAGUACAUCGGAGUCCGGUAAGUAAUAAUCUUGGAAUGAACAUCCUCUUGCUCUCGUUCGAGUUCUGUGACUGAUUCGGGCCGAUAGCAUCCCCCCACAGUCUUGUGCUGACACCGGAGGAGAAGAAGGUCUUUGGACAACUUUUCCAGGCCGCCGAUAGCGACAAACUUGGCGUUGUGACGGGAGAGCUCGCUGUCAAGUUUUUUGAAAAGUCCGGACUUAAUCAGAGGAUUUUGGGAGAGGUUUGUGCAUUCUUGCCCCCCCCCCCAGCGGCCUCGUGUUCCAGCUAUUCGUACUGAUAUGCCCUUUAGAUUUGGGGCAUUGCGGAUACCGAUAAUCGAGGACUUCUCACGAAGGUUGGAUUCAGUGUUGCCCUGAGAUUGAUCGGGUACGCACAGAAUGGGCAGCACCCUCGGCCCGAAUUGUCACAGAAUCGUAAGGAGUUCCUACUUUCGCCGUGAUAAUCGUAGCUGAGAUCCACGUAUUGACUUGGUGUAAUUGACCGCUUUAGCUGGCCCGCUUCCUAGAUUUGAGGGCUUCAAUAUCCCUCCUCCCCCCACUACAUCAUCCCCCCCCCCACCCCCACCGUCUGCUUCCCAGCCAGCCAUCCCGGGUCCCGGGAUGAUCCGAGUACCGCCACUCACACCUCAGGACGUGGAAAAGUUUACGGGGCUAUUUGAACGAAAUGGGGCUAUCGAGGGUUAUCUGCCAGGUGACCAAUUGACCCAACUGCUGUCUACUCUGUCCGUUCGGGACUGACUUGCUUGUGACUAGGCGAUAUUGCAAAGGGGAUAUUUCAACGUGCCAAGCUAUCAAAUCAGACCUUGGGUAUCAUAUGGAACCUUGCGGACCGGCAGCAUCGCGGUGCCCUGGGUCCUGCAGAAUUCGUGGUGGCCAUGCACCUCAUCACAUGUUCAAAGAAUGGCACUCUUCCUGUACUACCUCAGAUUCUGCCCCCCGGGCUCUACGAAGCCGCCGCGGGGCGCGGUCCUACACGGAACGGCGAUCGAAGAUCGGCAGGGAGAGGCAUUCCACCACCAUCUAUGCCUCCUGUCCCUCCAAUCCCCCAACAAUAUAGUGGACCAUUGCAGCAAGGCCACGCGCAAUCGCCCCGGACAUUCACCCCCCCUGUGAUACAGCCUGCCCAACUCGAAGCUGCUGGGGAAUGGGUCAUCACGCCUGCUGAUAAGGAGCGAUUCGACUCGGUCUUCCUGACUGUCGAUAAACAGAAUAAGGGGUACAUUACUGGUAGGUGGCGCGCUCAAGUCAUUCCCCGAUACGCAUUUCUGAUUUGAAUACUAGGCGAGGAGGCGGUGCCGUUUUUCUCAAACUCCAGGCUUCCGGAGGAUGUUCUCGCCGGCAUUUGGGACCUUGCCGAUACUAAUGGGUCUGGACGUUUGAGCCGCGAGGAGUUCGCUAUCGCUAUGCAUCUGAUUCGGGAGCAGCGCAACUUUCCAGAUGGCAGUGGGCCUCUGCCAGAGGUCCUUCCUCCGAACCUGAUUCCUCCCAGCAUGCGUGCGCCGGGGCAGUUUGCGGGCCCAUGUAUGAUCCGCAACCCCUUCGCUUAUCGUUGAUUACUCGCUAACGUGCACGCAGCCGCGUUUGAGCCUCCCCCACCGCCUGUUCCCCCGCCACCGCCCAAGCCGGCGUCACAGGACCUGUUCGAACUGGAUUUUUCUACUCCGGCCCCACAAACAAGCUCGGCGCCCCCAUCCACCCAUAACCAAAGCCCACUUGGCCCUUUUGAUACAGAUGUCUUCGGAGUGCCAAACAGGCCGACAGUCUCGCCAAAUUCUUCGGGCCCUGUCCCCGAGCCCAAGCUGCCAAUGCCGCAAGGGCCCCCAAAUUUCUUCGGGCCAAGCCGUGCCUUCGUGCCGUCCUCGAACUUUGGACAGUCGAUGAUUUCUCCUUCAGGAACCGGAGGAUCGAAUCACUCUGCGCCACCAGCGACUCAUCAGACACAAUCGAUGGUGGAAGAUCUACUUGGCGACGCUGAUCCCGAAAUCACUAAAAAGUUCUCUAACGAGACUACAGAAUUGGCUAAUUUGUCAAAUCAGAUCGGCACUCUGACCAAGCAGACCCAGGAGCUCAAGAUCAAGAAGUCUUCGGCAGAACAAGAGUUAACCUCAUUGAGCUCUCAGAAGCAUCACAUUGAGGGACAGCUGGCGUCACUUAGGGCGGCCUACGAACGCGAGGCCGAACAGCUGAAGCAGGCAGAGGAUCAGUUGGCUAAAUCAAAGAACGAGAUGAUGACUUUGAGGGGCGAAUAUCGUGUUGCUGAGCAAUCGUACACCGAACUUCAGUCUAAGAAGCAGGAGAUAUCCUCGGCCCUCGAGUCUGAUAGGCGAGAAAAUGAGAACUUGAACCAGCGCAUGAGAGUGAUUAACCAAGAGAACAUUAGCCUGCGUCAAGAGCUUGAGAAGCUGCAAUCCCAAGCAAGGCAGCAGAGAGGAAUGGUUGCUAUCAACAAGAAACAGGUCUCCACCGGUGAGGUUGAGCGUGAGCGACUAAAGAGUGAGAUUGACGACACAAGGUCAAAUGUUGCUAGCCCUCCUCCCCCCAGCAGCCCCACACCUUCUCAAGCCAGCCUCAAUAACAACCCAUUCCAUCGAAGGCCGCCUGCCGCUCCCGAAUCUGCAUUCCCCCCAUCACCACUUGCUCCUGGUAACAACCCACCGGCGCAUGCUACAACUUUGGAGGAUGUGUUCGGCCCCUCUUUUUCUGCAACGCCUUCUCUUAACCCCACUUCCACUGGCUUUUCCCAAAGGUCCACGACCGAGGGCGCUGCUGGGCCGUCCGUGCCGUCGGCCUCUGAAGGACCCGCGCACUCAACACCCCCCACAUCUCCACCAACGUCCUAUCACAACUCUCCUCAUGCAGACGCCGCGCCUCCUGGGGUUACAUCCCAUGUGACACCGUUCCCGCCCAUGUCCGUCAGUCGCGCCGACUCGGUCGCUUCAUCUGUACAAGUCAACCCAUUGGCUAGCAACCAAGGUGACCACGAAUUCUCUCAACCCGAUACACCGACCAACUGGGCCAGCAGCUCCGUUAGCGAGCCCCCGGCGAAAGAGAGAGACUCGUUCGUCAAGCCAGAUGACAGAAGGAGCAGCAUGAGCGUCCGAAGUGAUGCCGGUACUGAGUCUUCUGCCAAGGCCCCCUUCCCGUCCAGGAAAGUCGAAGAUAGGUCUCCAUUUGCGGCGCCCGUUGAGCGUAAUACCACCGGCAACACAACCGGGGGGGACGAGCAGAGCCAAUCGGGGAAACAGUGGGACUCCUUUGGAUCAACAUUUGGAACAAGUGGGACCAUUCCGGGUGCCUUCCCCUCACCCAUCAAACCAAAUCCAACCGGUGAGAGUGUCAAGAGCAACCGAAGCAGGACCAGUCAAAUGAGCAGAUCCGAUUUCCAGCCAAUGUACAACUCUGGCGCUAAGGAAGACCGCAACAAGGAUUUUGAUGAAGCCUUCAAGAACCUUAGGAGUCAGGAGAAGCAACACACUGGAGGUUCUGGCAUUGAUGACGCGUUCAAGAAUCUCAGGACCCAAGAGCGACAACAUACUGGCGGUUCUGGUAUAAGCUCCGUCCAGUUUAACAAGGAGUUCCCACCAAUCGUGGAAGUUGGUCGUGAUGAGGAUAGUGAGAGUGACAAUGAGAAGGGGUUUGAGGACAAUUUCAACCCCAACCCCGUACCAAGUCACACACAGCCGGCUACUACAGCACCUCCUCCAACUACCAGCCCUGCACCAACCGGGCCCGGAAAUGCGCCUCCUCCUCCGGUGUCGGCUCAGCAGUCACCUCCGUCAUACAUCCCUGGGCCCAAGCCCAUGGGAGGGACGGAAAAGGGAAACUUUCCAGCCGAACAUAGCGGACUUUUGCCUUCAAGAUCCGAUGCGAUGAAGCACGAGGGGAGCACUCCUGGCGGUAGUAGUAAUGCCAUUAAUUAUCCAGCAUUGAACCAAUCCUCAGCUGCCCCGGGAAAUCCAAAUGCCGAUGUGUUUGGCCAGGGCAGUUCCCUAUUCUCUUCUUCUCCUUCGUCAACCAACAAGAAUCCCCCGUCCAGUGCCCAAAAUAAUAGCAUGUUCUCUUCCUCACCUCCAACAGCUUCCAAGAGUCCAGUGCCUGCUGGAAACCCGCCUGUGCCAGCAAAGACUGCUUUCGGGGAUGAGUUUGAUAAAGAGUUCGGAGACCUUGCAGAAGCUAAGGAAGCUGAUGAUAAGGCUGACGACAACGACUUUGAAACUAGUUCGGCAUUCGGCGGUUUUGAUCCAGUGUUUGAUGUAGCGUCACCUAAGGGCCAUGUAGCACCUGGAACUGCGGUUACGGGUGACGGCUUCACGGACUUUAACUUCAACAUUGACUCAUCGGCUGGGCAACCACAGCAGCAAGAAAUGAAGACAACGAGCUCGCAGGAAUGGGACGCAAUAUUUGCCGAUUUGAACACGAGGGAGCCGGCGCAGGGCCAGCUCCCGAGAACACAGACUAAUGGCAAUCUUGGAGGUGAAACAUCUGGGGAUACCAGACAACAGAGUGGUACGGGCCCCGAUAUCGAGGCUGGUGGCGUCGCUCUCGGCCGUGGUGAGGACGGCGGCCAGCUUGGGGAGGAAGAAAAAGUUAUCAAGUUAACCGGAAUGGGAUUUAACAGAGAAUGUUCGGUGAAGGCACUCGAAAAGCACGGAUACAACCUCGAUCGGGUAGGACUCUUGCAGUUGUCCAUUUGAAUAUUGCUAACCUUCUAUAGGCGGCGAAUUCACUCCUUUUGGAUGCAUAAACGGAUUAAAGUCGAACCUCUUGACUAAGAAAUGAAAGGGAGGUGUUUUUUUUGUUUUGUCUUUUUACCCAUAUCAAUUGCCUCUCAUUUGCUUGCAGAAUUCCCUUUUGUUCGCGAUUUUGUUCCCUCUUCAUUAACCUUUCAUGAGCGGUCUUUGUUGUUGCGGCGGUGUGUAGCAAAAUCAAUCGACUUUGCUUUGCGUGAGUCUUUCUCCUUUUCCUUCCUUUUUUUAUCCCCUCUUCGUUUCCUGUAUGAUUCCAUUCUUGCAUUCGUUUGAGAUGAGAUGCCCCAGCAGGUUUUGUUAGUUCUUCCUUUUUGUUUCUUUCUAGUUGGUUGGGGAUGCGGAUGGGUUGAUAUGGAUUGGGUGAAAUGAAACGGAAAAGCUGAUUAGGUGAUUU